GCUUCGGACCGCAGAGAGAUCACGCUGGCCACGCACCACGAUCUGUACGACGUCCCCAAGAAGAUCAUGUCCUCCGAGAUGGAAGUCACCAUGUCAACGACGGAUAAAAACACGCCCAGCAAAGAAGAAGACAUCGUCGUGGUCGUCAAGGAAACACGUCGGAAGUACGUGAAGCGCGUGCUACGCGAGCACUGGCAAAUCGCAUUCAAGAUUGCGGAAAUCUUGCUUUCGAUCGCGUGCAUCUGCUUCGCGUACGAGCCGACGCAGAUGACGGGGCUCGGGAAGAGUCACCUGCAUCACGUGGGGAUCAUGUACACGGCGUACGCCGGCAACCUCCUCAUCAACGGCGUGCUUCUCGUUUCCAGAUUCGUGGGCGACCGGUUGCCGUACAGGACGUCCGUCGUCUUUUCCGUUUCCGGUGCGGCCAUGUUCCUCGUCACCGCCAUCCUCCUGAUCACCGAUCGCUCCUAUCUGACCCGCAACCGCAUCUUCCAUCCGAAGGCCUACCUCCUCGAGAUGCUGACCAUCUCAACGAUCUGCGCCCUCGUCAACGUCGUCAUCUUCAUAUCCGAUGCGAUAAUCACGUUUCGCAGUCGAAAAUCCCUUUGAAACUUACUUACUUCAUCGUCUGUACAAACUUUGUAAAUAGAAAAAAUGUAUAUAGAAA